GUUUAGUGAUUUGGUUUCUGAGCUUCGUUGACGUUCGGUGGUGGCGGGCGGAGGUUUGUGGGAAUUAGUGGCAGGGUUUCUGAAGACAGGUUGAGAAUGUCUGGGAAUUAGUAAACGAAGGUUCUGUGAAAUGUCUUGAUUAACAGGGUCCUGGUGAUGGUUAGUUAUGGUCUUCAUGGAUGUGGGGCCAAGUGAGGUUUUUUGAAGGUACUCUUUUUGAGUACAUCGAGGCUCAGUAAUGGAAAGCCUGAGAGGCUCAAUGAUUGGAAGUUUUAAGUUCUUUGGGGGAACAAUGUCUUGGUUAUUUGAAUUGAUUGUAGAAGCUUUGGGGUUGCAUGCUGAGAGAGUCAGUGGGGCUCGAUGUGAAGACAUGCUUUGAGCCAUUAGUGAUUGAUCCUUGAUGAGAAAUACCAAGGUAUUCAUGAUUGAACUUUUGUAGAUCUGGGAGUGAGGUAUAAAGAGAUCAGAGUGGGUUCGUGAUUGGGCUAUAAGAGUGGAAACACCGUGCGAUAAGCUGUUGGUCUCAAGUCUUGGAAUAUCACUGGAGAUCAGGGUAGGUUCAAGACUGAUCAGAUUGUAUCAGUGAACUAUGUAGUCACUGACCAGCGGCUUUCUUUGGUUAGAUAUGGACACAUCAGGAUAUUGGGUUCUUUUUAGCAAAGAUGAUGACAUAUCUGUCUGUGACCUCAUUCCAAGAGUGAACCUAGUUUCUUACACUAUGGCAACCAAAAUGGAUGUGACCUUGCCUAUGGUUAGAAAACAGAAAGUUUACUAAGUCUCAACUCUGUUUUCAAGAACAGGAGAAAAUGAUCAAGUGCCAGCUUCAGGAGAUACCUGUGUCAUUCAAAGAUGUGGUUGUGGGCUUCACCCAAGAGGAGUGGCACUGGCUGAAUCCUGUACAGAGGGCCUUGUACCGGGAUGUGAUGUUGGAGACCUACAGCAAUCUGGUCUCAGUGGGUUAUGAAGGUACCAAACCAGAUGUGAUCCUUAGGCUGGAACAGGAAGAAGCACCAUGGGUUUGUGAGGCACCAUGCCCAGGCUGCUGCUGUUGGGAAGACAUCUGGCAAGUUGAUAUCCAGAGGAAGAGACAGCAAGACAUGUUUUUGAGGCAAGGUGCCUUUAUCAGCAAGAAAGCAUUGCCCGAGGGAAAAAUCCAUGAGUGUAAUAAGUUUGGGAAAAUAUCACUUCUGAGCACUGAUCUUUUCCCUUCAAUUCAAAGGCCCAAUAACUGGGAUACUUGUGGAAAGAGUUUGAAUGAUAAUUUAGACUUGAUUGGUUUGAAGAGAAACUAUGUCAGAAAACAAGAUGAGUGUUAUGGAUAUGGAAAAUUGUUGCAAUGCAGUAACCAUGAUAAAAGAUCUGAUGGAGAAAAAUCAUGGGCAUGCGGUCACUGUGAAAAAGAUUUCAGCCAUAACCCAGCACUUAUAUAUAAACCAGCAGUGGCCAAUUCUCUUGUGUACAAACGAAAGAGAAUUCCCCCUACAGAAAAACCUCAUGUUUGUAGUGAGUGUGGGAAAGCCUUCUGCUAUAAGUCUGAAUUCAUUAGACAUCAGAGAAGUCACACAGGGGAAAAGCCUUAUGGAUGCACUGACUGUGGAAAAGCCUUUUCACAUAAGUCAACCCUAAUUAAACACCAGAGAAUUCACACUGGGGUAAGACCCUUUGAAUGCUUUUUUUGUGGGAAAGCCUUUACUCAGAAGUCACACCGCACAGAACAUCAGAGAACGCAUACAGGAGAGAGACCUUUUGUGUGCAGUGAAUGUGGGAAGUCAUUUGGUGAGAAGUCAUACCUCAAUGUCCAUCGAAAAGUGCACACAGGAGAAAGACCCUACCGUUGUAGAGAAUGUGGAAAGUGCUUCAGCCAGAAAUCAUGCCUCAAUAAACACUGGAGGACUCAUACAGGAGAAAAACCCUAUGGGUGCAAUGAGUGUGGCAAAGCUUUCUACCAGAAGCCAAACCUAAGUAGACAUCAGAAAAUCCAUGCUAGAAAGAAUGCCUACAGGAAUGAAAAUUUAAUGAUUGUGGGGAAUCCUUGAUGAUGAUACCCAGUUUAAUUGGGUAUAGGAAUUUAUCCAUAGGAGAAAACUUAACAACUUAAUGAAGUUAGACAAAAUGUUUUAUUAAAGAAAAGUCAUACUGUAAUUAUGAUGAAUCUUUAAUGGAAAAUAUAAAUACUGUAUAAGAAUGUUCACUCUGAGAUAAAAAUGUUUAAAGUAUAUUGAAUAGAAUAACAGAUUACAAAAUGUAUGUGAAAAGACUUAGAAGUAUGUGAUGGUACUCUCCUUGGUGUGAUACAUAACAUUUAUAUUUUGGAAUUGUUAAUGUGAAUCACAUAAAUUGUGAACAUCAAAUCCAUAUGUCAUGCAGUACAAAUGAUGCCAUCCCCUCAGUUUUUCAACUCUACAUAUCACCAUUUUCUUUUGGUGUCUUAAUGGUAUAAAAAAUAGUAAUACAGUGGCCAGCUACUUUAAGAACUUCAGCAUAAUAUACCAGGUACAUUUUCCCACCUUGCUUGUAAUAAACGUAAAGGGGUUUAACAGUUGUUACUAAGCCCUUCUCUGAAUAAGAAAGCAAUGUUUUUAGUGUUGUUUGGUAAGUCAGCCAAAAGUUUAUUUAAAAGUUAUUUUUGUUAGAAACAUAUUAAAGCUAAGGAAUAAUUUAACUGCCUGACACUGGGUAAACAAAAUUCUGAGGGGCUGGGGAUUUAGCUCAGCGGCAUAAGCGCCUGCCUUGCAAGCAGGCAGUCGUGAGUUCGAUCCCUGGUACCGAUAAAAACGAAAAAGACAAAAAAAAAAAAAAUUCUGAGAAACUUUAUCUCAGCAGAUUGUUUAGCAAAGUAUAGUGUUUCCCUGUUAUACAUUGCUCAUAUUGUUCUAGCUUUUCUUAAAAUGUCUUGCAGAAAAUAAGAAGUGAUGCUCUUUAUACAGGUCUUGUAACUCAGAAAUGUUUCAUGCAGAAAUCAGUGAAGUAGAACUCUCUUGCCUUUGAGUUUUCUUCUGCAAAUUAAUGCAGCAGUAUCCACUUUUCUUCCCUAUAACUUCUUGUAAUUAUCCUGGACACUAUGUCCCAAAUUUUCCAUCAUCCAAUGUUGGAAAAACUUCUUUUUGCUUGAGCCACCAUUUUGUCUACAUAAGAAAAUAAAUGGAAUGGAAAUCUAUAUUCUUCAAGAUUGCCUCCCUGAUCCAGAAAGAAAAAGGAAAAAGAGAUGUAACCACAGAUAGAAACACAGUUUUAAAAGAUGAUGAAAAUAUACCAUGUGUGACUAUAGAUCAGUAUAUUUUAAAAACAGGAAAUGAGUGCUUUUUAAAAAGCAGACCAUUCAGUUAUAAGAAUUACGGUAAGAAGUAUAAAACAUGAUAAAAAAAUAAGCACUCCUGAAGCAUUUGGAAAAGUUAUUUAGAAUCUAUAUUGAAAAAUACUCCUGUCUUAGACAAAUUCUAUGAUUAAUUCUAUGUAUCUACUCUUUUAAAGUAAUACCAAAGUUGCUGAUAAUAUUGUAAUCUAUAGAUUGUACUGUCCAAUUUAUUUUAUGAAGUCAAAAUAGAGUUGAAAAACUCAAGAUCCACCUUAUAAGUAUAGAAAUAAUUAACAUUAUGACAAAUAGAAUUGAGCUGUAUACCUAAAGGAUGGCCAACCAUGUGGUUACUGAAUUAGAGCCCAAGAAUGCAGAACCAGUUCAGGAAAUAUAUCAAUCACAUUAACAACUUAAAAGAGAAGAAUCAUUAUCCCUCAACAGAUGCUGACAAGAGAGUUAAUAGAAACAUUUGCAAACAUUUCUAACAAUGUAAUAUAAGUUAUAAUCAAUGGUAUAGGGUUUCUUUACCAAAACCUUAUAAUAUUGUUAUACUGAAGCCAUUUUUUAAAAAAAAACAGGAAUUAAAUAUAAUCUCGGAGACAGUGAACACGAAAAUAUAAAAUAAUUGGUAUAAGCAAUGAAAAAGAAAAAACUACCCCUCUUUUGAGGAAGAUAUGGUGAGAUACCAAUAAAUGAAGAGACUAAUUUAUUUUAAGGUAAUUUUCUAAGAAGGAAAUGUACAGAAAUGAAGAACUCUUCCCUGUACUGACAAUAAACACAAUAAUUUAUGUACUUCUUUUGGAAUUGCACAAAAACUUACCAAUUUUUUCUUUUUAGCUUAUAUGAAAUCAUCAUAAAUUUAAUAUAAAAAAUGCUGACCUGAUUGGCUUUCAAUUUGGAAAAAUAGUUGGACCAAUGGCACAAAAAUAUCCAAAAACAAAGUCCAAGUGGAUUGAAGACUUAAGUGGUUUUGGUUUUUUUUUUUUUUUUUUUUUGUACUGGGGAUCAGAUUCAUGACCUCACGUUUACCAGGCAAGCACUUAUGCCACUGAGUAAAUCCCCUGCCCCUUAAGACUUCAGUUUUAAAAAUAAAGCUCUUUUUUAAAAUGUCAGAGACUAUGCAAUCUUGAUUGAGAGAGAGAUUAUCUUUAUCAACAUGGGAUAUUCAAAAGCUAUUGAAAAUAAAUAUUUGACUACAUAAAUUUUUGAGUGGUAAAAGAUGUUACAAAAGAAAAGAUUACUGGGGGAAAAUGUUUGUGGAACUGAUUAUAGAAGAAGCAUGUCUCAAAUUGACAGGAAAAACACCCCAAUAGCAAAACAUGCCCAAAAAUUAUAUAUAUAAAUGCAGAAUUGUGAGAAGAGAGCAACUCUUAAGUGGCUGAUGGAUCUAUCAAAGAAUAUUGGGGAUGCAGAUUCAAUUUAUGGUAACAUUGCAGAGUGCUUUUUGCUACCCAUAAAUACUGCUCUUACACACUUGUUGAAAACACAUUUCGAAAAGCAACUCAAAUUGCUGUUUUGACAAGUAAUCUGGAAAUAACUGUUAGAAUUCAAAAAUAUGAAUUUUGGAGAAUCUUCCCCCUUGGAAGAUGUGGCUUCAGUACACAGAGGACAGAUAAGCAUAGGCAUUUAUUGUAACUUGUUUCUAAUGGCAAAAACGAGAACAACAGUGGAAUCUCACCAGAAUAAAAGUAAAUUCCUGUCAGUAGGAAAAUGGGGAGAAGGAAAUGUCUGUGUUUUAUCUGUUCCAUAGAAUGGUUAGACAACAAGGCGGAAAACUAAAACUGUGCUACCCAAAUUACAUAGGCUUUUUUCAAUGUAAAAAGCAGCUAGAUGAUAACACAUAAAAUACUAUCUUUUGUAAAAGAAUAACAAAAUGUCUCUAGAUGUCUUUGAAUGUAUCUUGUGUAUUAUUUUAUAUGCAUGGAGAAAAGUAUGGAAGAUUAUGUACUGAGUUGAUGGGAAGUGGGUGAUGCAGGUAGCGUUUUGGAAGAUUUGGAAGAGGAAAAGGGGAGGCAAAAAGAAAAGCAAAUAACUGGACCAAAUAUGAUACUUUAAGUGCAUGUUGUUAGGGGCAGGUAAAAGGCAGCCAAAAUUCUAAGUUGUAGGAUGCUUGUGGUUUAUUUGUUAAGUGAAAGAGGAAGACUGUAGAAUAUAUAUGAUACUAUUUGAAAAAUAACACUUUUGGACCAGGGAUAUAGCUAGUGGUAUAGUGCUUACCUAACAUGCUUAAGACCCUAGAUUCAAUCACAGCUACUAUAAUAAAUGAAUAAAUAAAACAUUAAAAGCCCCAUGUAUGUAUUUUAUAUAUGCAUGUUUAUGUUUAUAUGAACAAGGACAAUUGUUGGAAAAUACAAGGUAGCAUUGACUGCCUUGGUGAAGGGGAAUAUAAAAUAGUUGUGUACUUUAUAUAUCUUUGUAUUGCUUUACUUGUUAACAACAUACGUUACUUUUGUAAUUUGAAAAAUAUAAAAUAAAAGGGAGGCAACAUUUCCAAA